CGGAGGCGGAGGCGGCUGGAUGCCGGCCCUGAGGGUCAGGCCUGGGACGCGCGCAGGAAGUUCCUCCCCUCCGCUGGUCGGCACUUCAGAGCGCAGGCUCCGCGCCCGCGGGCCCCUGAGUUUUCUUGUUCGCGACUCCGGGUCGGGGGACGGACCAGGUCGGGUGCGGGCGUCCCCGGCGGAAGCCCGCGGCGGGGAGGGGGCGCCGCCUGGCGGCCCAGGACUUGGCUCCGGCACCAAGAACAGUGAUUAUCUUACAUUGGGAGAAGGGGAAAAGAAGUGCUUUUUAUUUUCGAUUGGGCACCUAAACAGAAACUGCAGUUGUAGUAUGAAGAAGGGAAGAGGUCGAACAAGCCGGAUCAGAAGACGAAAACUCUGCAGAAGUUCUCAGUCAAGAGGAGGUAUCAAUGUUUGGAUAUAAACUCAUCAUUUUGAGUUCCCUGUAACCCAGUUUGAAGACAUACUGUAUGUGAAAGUGCCUGGCCAACUGGGAGGUACUACACUGAUAACGUGAAUGAGAGCUACAAGCCUGAAUUUAUAGCGCUUAAGAAGUGGUUGAAAGCUAGGAAGUUUGAAGAUACAAAUUUAAUACCUGCUUCUUUUCCAGAUACCGGAAGAGGGCUGAUGAGCAAAACGUCCCUGCAGGAGGGACAGGUGAUUAUUUCGUUGCCUGAGAGUUGCCUGCUCACCACGGACACAGUGAUUAGGAGCUACUUAGGGGCGUACAUUGCUAAGUGGCAGCCUCCCCCGUCUCCUCUGCUGGCUCUGUGCACCUUUCUAGUCGCAGAAAGGCAUGCUGGGGAUCGGUCUCCCUGGAAGCCCUACCUGGAGGUUUUGCCGAAGGCCUACACCUGCCCUGUUUGUCUGGAGCCGGAAGUGGUGACUCUUCUUCCCAGACCGUUGGCAGCGGAGGCCAGAGAGCAGAGGACGCGCGUGCGCGAGCUGUUCACUUCCGCCCGAGGCUUCUUCUCCUCCCUGCAGCCUCUGCUGUCCGAGGCCGCGGAGAGCGUCUUCAGCUACGGCGCCUUCCUGUGGGCCUGGUGCACGGUCAACACCAGAGCCGUGUACAUGACGCCAGGCCGGAGGCAGGGCCUGUCCGCGGAGCCAGACACCUGCGCGCUCGCCCCGUUCCUGGAUCUGCUGAACCACAGCCCAGCCGUCCAGGUGGAAGCGGCGUUUAACGAGGAAAGCCGCCGUUACGAAAUCAGGACGCGCUCGGGCUGCCGACGGCACGAGGAGGUGCUCAUCUGCUACGGCGCCCACGACAGCCGGCGGCUGCUGCUGGAGUACGGCUUUGUGCCCCGCGGGAACCCCCACGCGUGCGUGCCCGUCUCACAAGAUAUGCUUGUUAAGUAUCUUCCAUCAACAGAUAAGCAGAUGAACAAAAAGAUUUCCAUUUUAAAGGAUCAUGACUUUAUAGAAAACCUGACGUUCGGAUGGGACGGGCCGUCCUGGCGGCUGCUCACGGCCCUGCGGCUGCUGUGCCUGGAGGCUGGGGAAUUUCUAUGCUGGAAAAAAGUUCUUCUCGGGGAGAUAAUUUCAGAUGUAAAUGAGAAGAAGAGUUUGGACAUCGCCCAGAAAAUAUGCCAUUACUUCACAGAGGAGGCUAGUGCUAUGCUUCAAAAGGUUUCUCACAUGAAAGAUAAAGAAAUGGCGUUGACACACCAGCUCACUUUGGUUGAAACGUUGUGGACGGAAGAGCUGAAGAUCCUCCGGGCGUCUGCCGAGACCCUGAGCCGUUUGCAGACGGCUGUCCGUGACUCCCCCAGGGGCCUCCGACCAUGCCGCCCCCGUGCGGGGUGUGACGCCUGAAACCCUGUGCACUGAGGUUCGCUUUACCCAGAGUCUGUGCACUGACGGAGGCUCUCCAUUAAAUGACAUGGGGCGUGUCUGCAUCUUUAGCCUCAGCCCCGGGACGUGUGGGGGGACGCCUGCAGGAAGUAGCACUUCGCAGCUCAUCACCUUCUGCCGAGUCCCUGAGAAACGGUCAUUGAUCCCCAUGGCGCUCAGAGCGCCGGCCCGCGGGCUGCCGGACACCGAGUCCGGACCGGGGCUUCGCGUUUCGUGUCCGUUCCUGCGAGGCUGUUUAUUCUUCUGGAUGGAACUGUCCUCUGGCGGGCGGCCAUCCUCCGAGCCUGCGAUGGCCUCUCGCUGCCCCUUUCCCGGCAGGACAUCGGGAGCCGCAGCGGAGGCUCCUGAUCAGAGCGGAAGGCGACACCGAGAGCGAGAGCGAGAGCGCGGCCGGGCCUGCAGACGGCCCCUCAGACGGCCCCCAGCACGUGUCCAGGACACAGUUUGGAGGCUUUUCAAGGGCACACGACCCAAUCCAGUGCACCUUCCCCCAUGCUCCCAUGUGUAUCCAUGGACACCCUGAGGACGUGACCUCGCCGGUGACCCGUCGCAGAGCUCGGGGGACAAACUCACCACCUCUCGCCUAGAGCGCUGGGCUGUUAUGUCAUAAGUCACGAGUCACUGCUGUGCUGUAGAAAACUCUAGAUUGGGCAUCAGCAAACUGUAGCCACUUCCUAUACUUAUAAAUAAAGUUUUUAAAAACUGGGUACUUUUUUAUUGUGAUAAAA